AUGGGCAUCCUAUUGAGUGAUGGCGAUUCUACUUCGGAUCAGCUGUCAACGCGAGACUAUUCCCAAUUCAGCGGUGACCAUCAGGUUGCCUUCGCUUCAGCCUCCGCCUCGGCCUCUGUCUCCGCUGCUGCCGCCGCAAAGAUGUACCACAGCAGCGCCGUAGCGGCUUAUACGGAUCUCGCUGCCGCCGGGAGUGCAGCCAGUGCCGGGGUCGGAGUCGGGGUAUCCGGCUACCAUCACCAGCAGGCCGUAAAUGCUCCGGUAUAUGUGCCCUCCAACCGCCAGUACAACCAUGUGGCUGCCCACUUUGGUGGCGCAGCUGCGGCACCAAAUGCCUGGACAACGGACACCUUUGGAUCCGCGCAUGCCCAAUUGCCAGCGCAGUUCUACACACAGAACGUAAUGAUGGGCACCUGGCGGAGCGCCUAUGAUCCCACUGGUUUCCAGCGCUCCUCACCCUACGAAAGUGCCAUGGACUUUCAGUUCGGCGAGGGACGGGAGUGCGUCAACUGCGGAGCUAUAUCAACGCCACUGUGGCGUCGGGAUGGCACUGGGCACUAUCUGUGCAAUGCCUGCGGACUUUACCACAAGAUGAACGGAAUGAACCGGCCGCUGAUCAAGCCCAGCAAGCGCCUGGUGAGUGCAACUGCCACUAGGAGGCUGGGUCUGUGCUGCACCAACUGCGGCACCCGCACCACCACCCUUUGGAGACGGAACAACGACGGCGAGCCGGUGUGUAAUGCCUGCGGGCUGUACUACAAGCUGCACGGGGUCAAUAGGCCACUGGCCAUGCGCAAGGAUGGCAUCCAGACGAGGAAACGAAAGCCCAAGAAGACGGGCAGCGGUUCGGCGUCAGGAGCGGGAACGGGCUCGGGAUCAAGCUCCACGCUGGAGACCAUCAAAGAGUGCAAAGAAGAGCAUGAUCUCAAACCGUCGCUAAGUUUGGACCGCCACAGUCUUGGCAAGCUGCACACGGACCUAAAGAGCAGCUCCGGUGCCACCAGCCUGCUUGGUCAGCACCACACCCAACAGCAGCAGGCGGGGCACCAGCAGCAGCAACAGCAGGCGGUUCACCAACAGCAGCAGCAGCAGGCGGGAGGACACCAGCAGUGCUUCCCCCACUAUGGACAGGCGGCGACGCAACAGCAGGCACAACACCAGCAGCACGGACAUGGCAUGACCCCAUCCUCCGGCCAGUCGCAGCUGAGUGCCCGGCAGCUCCACGGAGCGACUGGGGCGCAACUCUACACGCCCAGUAGCAGCACGGGCGGAGGCAGUGCAUCGGCUUACACCUCACACAGUGCCGAGACGCCGACGUUGAGUAAUGGUACUCCCUCGCCCCACUACCAGCACCACCAUCAUCUGGGCGGUUCCCAUGGACACCAUGUAACGGCGGCGGCGCAUCAUCAUCUGCAUGCCGCCGCCGCUGCAGCCGCAUAUGGGGUGAAGACAGAGGCGAGUGCCACCAACUAUGACUAUGUGAACAACUGCUACUUUGGCGGAUCCUUUGGGGCACUGGGUGGAGCAGCCUCGUCGGCCGCCAUGGCUGGCGGAGCGGCUAGCGAGUUGGCCGGCUAUCAUCAUCAGCACAACGUUAUCCAGGCGGCGAAGCUGAUGGCCACCUCGUAAGGCCAGACAAUCGGGCUAUUGGACAUUUGGACACCGGCUCCCUGAUGUGAUCUCCCUACUCCUCAGCACCCACUGCACCCUACCUUGAAGCCUUCAUUGGAAUCACCGCAUUGAAAAGACUUUAGACCUUAGUCUCCCCUAGGCCCCGGUCGUUCUUCCACUUCCAUUCAAGUUAAAUCGGAAAUAAUCCUGGUAUUUCGAGAUUCGAAUUGAAUUGAAAUGGAAAUGCUUAACAGGGGUGUUUAUAGGUUAAUACCUGCCACUUAAUCAAUAUUUGGCACUUAGUUGUAAUGUCCUGUAAAUAACUAUAUAGCAAUUCUCGUUGUACAAAUCUACUUAAUGUAUGUGCUUAUCGAUGUGUAAAGAUAUUGUUUAUCGCUUUGUUUAUGUCUUAGUUCUUUAUCAUAGCCCUGUUCAAUUAGCCUAAAUAUUCCAUGUGUACUCCGCACUUCCCCACCCGACAC